CCCAAGAAACCCCCGUUGCCGCCCAUCGCCAGUCGCCCGCGCCCCCAGAACGGAGUGAAUCCCGCACCGUCAACCGCACAAACAGCACCACCUGCCCACUACUCACCACCCAUACCGGCCACCGUCCGCCUGCCCCAGUUCAACAACCACCAGACCAACGGAACUCUUCCCAUGCUCCCGAAGAAACCCCAACAGCUGCACGGCGAGAAACUGUUCAUUAAAAAUGGCCACCUCAUCGAUGGCGAGGCGCUGCUGGCCAAAACAGAUGUGGCCAUGGCGGGUCUGCUGAUCAAGCUGGACCAGGUGGCGGCCCAGUGCUCGGCGGCCCAGGCCGCGGGCGGAGGCACCUCCAUCGACGAGGAGAAGUUCCAGCGGGCCCGGAACGAACUUACCGAACAAACCCUGGCCCUGGUGACGGCCAGCAAGUUCCUGGUGGCCUCCAUGUCGGACAUGACGCUGAUAACGCUGCCGGAACAUCUCACGUCCUGCCUGACAGCCAUCCGGAGGAUUACAGAGCUGGCGCAGGACAUGACCCGGCACACGUCGGCUCCUCUGCAGACCCGGAACAUAGUGCUAAAAGUGCACGAUGUGGCGAGCAGUUUCAGGGAGCUGGUUGGCGUGGAAAUAGGUCCUGUCGGAGCCGGCCAGCUGGCAUUGCAUGCGGAGUGUCUGGCCAAUGUCCUGGCCACUUUGCUGCGAUCCCUGCGAGUGUUCUCCCCAUAACCCGCAGGGAUAAAGGGAGAAGCCAGUGAAGCCCCAGACAGUAAGGAAAACGGAAACGGAAAUGGAGGAGAAAGCGGAAGCGGAUGUGGAAGCGGCAGUGGCAACCAAACCAGUCCCGACACAUCGCACGCUCGUCUGUCUAUGUGCAAGUCCCCGUACACCACCUACGUCUAAAAGUGCAUCGAACCCCAAACAUAUAUGUAUAAGUGAAGGGGCGCGUCAGAGAGUCGAUGGUCUGAUGGCUCUUCAGUCCUGGCCUGGCCUGGCCUAAUCCUCACCUGCCUUCGCUUUAAAUCACAACAACACUGCAAGUUGGAAGCUCAAGAGGGAGGCCUGCAAGCGGUGUGGUGGAAAGUGUGUAUAGAGUCCAUGGGAAAUACUACUUCAAGAGACAUAUCCUUGAACCAACGGGAAACUACCUUCUGAUAUUUUCUUUAUGAUAUUUUUUUAGUCUUGUUUUGGAGUUAAAUUUUCAAACACUGCUCAAAGCCUUAAAAUAUUCCCCGAUAUUGUAACUUUGAUACAUCCUUUAUAAGCUUUUGAUAAAGGUUUUUUUUCAAACUUUAUCCCUAAAUAUCAGUAGUUUCCAAGCAUAUCAAAAAAUAUCCUUAAAACCUAUGAAACGCACAACCACAUCGUCUUCGCGGUCUUCGCAGAAUACCAAACAUUACUUUUAGAUAAUAAAUACCAAUUUAUAACUCUAAAGAAAACUCUCUCAACUUAACGCAUGAAACUAACUCGAAUUUCUAUCUAAUCUCCAGAAGUAAAGUGAACUAUUUUUAACUAUAUUUAUACAUGUAUUACUCUCGAAUUGUUAGUACUGUACUCUGUAUACCGAAACCCCGAAAAACCAUAUCCCCAAGACCUAAAAAAGUCUGUCUAUAAAAGCCCAAUUGAAUAAAACACCACGACUUGAUUAUCUAGACCAAUUUAUAUGAGAAAAGUAUCGGUAAUAUGUUUAUUAAAUUAUGCUAUUAGUAUAUUUUCUUAUGUACAUAAUUUAUACACAUACCUAAUACCAUAUAUAUACAAGUACCAUAUACACAUUAUAUAUAAUAUUUAAAAGAAAAAAAAAAUUGACCAAACAAUAAUCAAAAUUUUAACUUGUGAUAUAAAACAUGAGAAAGUGAAAGGGAAGAAUUCGUUAAUAAUGACUUUUACAUUUUCUCCGUUUAGCAACAAACAUUUUAACAAUAUUAUUUUGUGUGUUCUUUGUUGUUGGACAAUAAAAUCUUUUUUGUUAUUGUUUAUGUGUCAUACUUUUGUUGUAGUUGUUGGUAAAGUACAAGAAUGCGCACUAAGUUGUAGCUUUAACUAAUUAUAUUACUGUAAACAAAUUAAACACGAGUACUAAAAAUCAGAAUGCUAUUAAAUCAAGAAUAAUCUUAUAAAAAUCCAACUAAUCGGUAAUUAAUUGUUUUUAUUGUGUUUACAUUUUUUGUUGGUUGAAACAAACACAUACAUACAUAUGCGAAAUAAACAUAACCACAUAAUACAUACAUAUGAAAUACACAAAUAUUAAUUAAAAUUAAUAGUAAAUAUUAAGUAAAACAUAUUCAAAUGUACAAUGUAAAACAAUGUAACUGUUUACGACAUAAAGGCAAAAAAUAAGAACUAAAUUCGAAAUACAUAUGAAGCUGUAUGGAAUAAAUUCAAUAAAUAAACCAAAGUAAAUUAAAUGAUCAAUCGUUUUCUGAUAAAUAUCUAUAUAAUACAAGGUUAAGUGACUUUUUUUUAUGCUGGUUUUGAACUCGCGCCAUUGAACCGCAGCCAACUUCAUGUGGAAUAGCUAUGAAUGUGACCAGGGAGUUACAAAAGUAUUGAGCUAAUUAUUACUGUUUUAACUUGCAAAUAAGUUUAUUUACUUGCUUAAGGCUCCUCAAAUCAUUAUUUUACUUUUAAUCAAUGUUUUGAAGCUUAUUGGAAAGCAUAAUUUCCUGUUUUUGUUUUUUUUUUAUCAAAAACUUUUAAUAUCUAUUCAACUUCUGAUUGAGGAAUAUGGCAUAUAGUUUCUGAUUGGGAAAUUCACCCCAAUCUUUUAAAAUCAUAAAGUUUUUUUUAUUAUAAAAUUUAUAACAAAUCCUUCAAAGAAUUCAAAGAAUGACUAUCAAAGAUUUUUGAUUCAAAUUUCAAAUAUAAAACUGAGAAUUAGUUCAAAAUUGGAAGCAUUCGAUCUGUUUUUGUGAGACCAGAAAUAAAAUACUACAACUUUCAAAUGAUAAUAGGGCAAAUACUAAAAAUACGUUUCUUUUGAAGGGAAAAUAUCAGCUUUCUGUUCCCCGAGGAAGAUUUAAAUCGAAUUUUGGUCGUAAAAUGGGAAAGUUCGAAAAAGACAGUGUUGCAAAGCCCGUGUGCCACCUUAGGGUGACCAAGCAUAAAAUAUAUUUCCCUCACAAAUCGAUUUACGGUAUUUUUGUGAAAAAUACCACGAUUAUUUUGGGGAAGAUUUUCGAUAAAUAAAUAUUUUCGAACUAGGCGAGACCAGGUAAAAUCGACAUAGACAGGUAGAAGGCGCUGCAGCGCGCGCUGUUUUCGGUUCGCAUCGUCAAAUAAUCCAAAAUUGUGAUCACAUAAAACAUCGGUGUACUCCUUCCUGGCUGUCGGACGUGUUUUUGAAAGUCUCAAAGUCUCGGGCAGAGCUGCGGCAUCGAGGAAUUUGGUGGCAUCGGGGACACUAAACGGACCGGAUCGAAUCGAAAAGCGUGGGUGCUGUGCGUUACGUUAAAUGCUCUGCCACAGAGUAGUAACCGAUUCUGGUACGGAAUCUAAUAUAUAGGGGGGCAGGAAUCGAAGAAUUUUUUAACGAAUCGGACGCGAUACGCGACCCCGAGGAGAAUCCAAGAAUCAAUCGAAAGAAAGCAAAUUUUGUCUUCCUGCUUUUUGGGCCCCGCAGAAGAAGAGAAAGAAAAGUGCGCAAAAGAUUUAUAUAGAAUCGGAAAGGAAUAUAUAUAAUACGGAAGCAGGCGGCGGUGAUAAAAAAAAAAAAUAAAAUAAAAUAAAAAAAAAAAGUUGAGCGAAACGCAAUUGUUAUAUAUGUAUAUUUACGGCUAUAUGUUCUCUCGGUUGGAAAGUUCUUUUGUGCAGAAAAAGUCCACAUCAAAAUAAAUUACUUGAAAAGAAAAGAAAAUAAAAAAAAAGCAGCAAUAAUAACAACAACAACAUCCUCAAGAAUCUCACUCCCAGCGCUCUCUCGCUGUCGCUGUCGCUCUCUUCUCCCCACACACUCUACUUGACGAAGCAAAGAGUUCUCCAAGCAACAAGAACAACAACAACAAGAGCGAAGAGUCGAGCAAAAUAAAUUCCUGUCGUAGAUUGGGCGGCACUUAUGCCAAACUAAUAACAAAAUUACAAAAAAUAAAUCACAAAAAUGGAUUACAAAUUCGUUGUCUUCAAUGCAGCUCGCGACAACAACCUGGCCCAGCUGAAGGCCACCCUGUAUAACAAGAGCGCCAGCGAAGUGGGCAGCCUGAUCUCGGCAAAGGUGAAUGGAGCCACCCCGCUGGUGAUCUCGUGCCGCAACGGGCACUACGACAUUGUAGAAUACCUAUUGACAAAGUGCCGGGCCAAUGUGGAGCAGGUCGGCUCCGUCAGCUUCGACGGGGAGCCCAUCGAGGAUGCGCCACCGCUGUGGUGUGCGGCGGCCGCCGGCCACCUGGGCAUCGUCAAGAUGCUCGUCCGCCGGGGAGCGAACGUGAACAGCACCACUCGGACCAACUCGACGCCACUGAGGGCGGCUUGCUUCGACGGACACUACGAGAUCGUCAAGUACCUGGUGCACCAUGGAGCGGACUUUGAAGUGGCGAACCGACACGGACACACCUGCCUCAUGAUCGCCUGCUACAAGGGCCACUUCCGCAUCGCCCAGUAUCUGCUCUCCCUGAACGCCGACGUCAACCGCUGCAGCGUGAAGGGCAACACAGCGCUGCACGACUGCGCCGAGUCCGGAUCCCUUCAGAUCCUCCAGCUGCUCCUCAAGCACGGCGCCACCAUGGACGUGGACUACUACGGAAUGACGCCGCUGCUGGCGGCCAGUGUCACCGGUCACAUGCCCAUCGUGGAGCACCUCAUCACGCUGCCCUGCGUCAGCCGAGAGUCACGAAUCCAUGCCCUGGAGCUGCUGGGCGCCACCUACGUGGACAGGAAGCGGGACAUGGCUGCGGCGCUGACGCUGUGGCGUCGGGCGCUCGAAGAGCGGACUCUGGCGCCGCCGCUGGAGAAGAAGGUCCAGGAACCCGUGCCAGCGUAUGAGAUGGUCCGCGAGGUAACCACCAUUGAGGAGCUGGAGGAGAUGGUGCUGGAUCCCGAUGAGAUGCGAAUGCAGGCUCUGGUCAUUAGGCAGCGUAUCUUGGGGCCCACCCAUCCCGACACCAGCUACUAUAUUCGGUUCAGGGGAGCCCACUAUGCCGACGCUGGACGCUUCGACCGCUGCAUCGAGCUAUGGUCCUACGCCCUCACCAUGCAACAGAAGAUCCUUCAGCCCCUCAGUCCGAUGACCCAGUCCUCGCUUCUGUCCUUUGCCGAGCUGUUCAGCUUCAUGCUGGUGGAGGCGGGUCGCCUGCUGCCCAGGGGUCGCGUCGUUCCGUCCAUCGAGGCGGAGGGAAUGCUGACCAUAUUCUACAAGGCGAUCAAGGAGGUGGAGCGGGGCCAGGCCUUCACCCUGGAGCAGCAGAAGGACCAGCAGCAACCGCUGAAGCAGCUGCCCGCAGCUGACAAGUCCUCUUCCUGUUCCUCGUCGUCGUCGUCCUCCUCCUCCUCCUCCUCCUCCUCAUCAUCAUCCGCAUCCGCUGCAUCCUCGACGACGCUGCUGUCGGCCCAUCAGCACGACUGUAACCACGACCCCAACGCCCUGAGUCGCACCAUGAUAAGUGCCAUUCACAUAGGCUGUCUGCUGAGCUCUCUGCUGGACACUACGAACCUGACUCCGGAGAUGCGGCGCCAGGUGAUGGGAGCCCUGUACCGGCUGAAUCGCUUGAAGGUUCGUGUCCGCUUCGAUCGGACUGCUCUGCAUUAUGCCUGCUAUCGGGAGGGCACGCUGGCCGGCCGCUAUCCUUCCUGCCAGUUCCCGUCAGUGAGUCUGGCGAAGGCCCUGCUGGAAGUGGGCGCCGACCCGAACGCCAUCGACGAGGCGGGCAACACGCCAUUGCACCUGGCCACCAUGCAGCCCUACGUAGAGUCCCUGUCCCACAUCCUGCUCGAGGGAGGCGCGCAUUUGGAUACCAAAAACUAUGCUGGCGAGACUUUCGAGAGCCUGUUGUACCCGACACCCAUGCACAAGGUGAUCGACCCCAUGAAGUAUACGACGCUGGCGUGCUUGGCCGCGAGGACGAUCAAGAAGCACGACAUUCGGUACGAGGGUACUGUGCCGGCCACUCUCUACGAGUUCAUCGAGCUGCAUUAGAGGAAGGGAUCGGGACGAGGACUGGACUGUUAGGGAGUCAAGCACUCAAUUUACUCAAUCGCUCACUCGAUCAAUCGCCUGAACGCCCGCCCGCCCGCCAUCCACUAAUAAUAUACCUAUACUACUACUGCUACGACUACCAUUUAAAGAUGUGGAGAGAGAUAGAGAGAGUUUAAAACUAUGCUGAAUCAGGAUGACAAGGGGGAACACGACACGGGAGCUGAACGCGUUACUAGCGACUGGGAACUGAUUUGUGAUGUUAGCAAGCGAAGUGCCUGGAGUCGACGGAUCAGGCCAUCAGGACGAAUUCGACGAACGUCAACCACUGACAACGACAACUGAAACCACUAAACAAAAAGAAACUAGAAAACAACGCAAAGAAAAGCUCUUGAAAAAACGAUUUGCUGUCUUUGAAUUUGGCAAGGAAACUGUGUUGGAAAUUUCUUUUUAUUAUGUGUUCUUGCUAUUCUAUUUUAUAUAUAUUAUGAUUAUGAAUUAUGAAGUAAUACUGUAUGUACAUUUAACUAUAUGUCCCGGGUGCCGAGGCGUGAUUGGGCAGCUUAAUUUUAAUUACCCGGCCGGCUAAUCUCCGGCGACUCCUCAAAAGCUGCCGCAAUCACGUUCAGGCCGACGGAAAAUAAAAACUAAAUCUUAAACCAAAAA